ACUCACAGAGAAAUUGCAGUUGAUGGAGAAGCUGCUUUGGAUUGCCCAAGGACACCGGCAGGACACCGCGGGACGAUCAAUCACACGGGAUUCAGAAAUGACUUGCGGCGAAUUAGAUGCUGGCGCUACAAUCCAACCAAUAAAAAGGUAGGAAGAUCCAACAACAUUAAAUCCACAUACUACUACACUAUAACACCUUGCAAUAACGGCACGUUAACUGCAACAUUGGUUUGCCUCCUAUACUCUAGUGAAAGUUUACAGGAAAGCAUAUGUCCCUCCACUGAGACAACUAAUGAAGAUGAAGAAAGCUUUCAUCAACGGUUCACAGACAAAUCAAAAGAACAGCCUGUAAUCAGCGUAAUUAAAGAGGAGCCACCCGAAGAGCAGACCUCUGAAUUAAGUACACAGCAAGAACUAGAAACCGAUACAAGAGAAGCAGAACUGCAAACCCAACUUGAGAAGAGGAGGUCAGAUGUUCCAAUUCAUCCAAAAUCAGCGUCAAGUGUACAACUGUUCAUUCCCUGCUUAUCCAUCACCCAGACUCUUGCCUCAUCCAAUACGGCUGCACUAGCAGGGUUCCAUGAAACUCCAUUCGAACAGAACCUCUUGCUUAGGCCAACACCUGCCCCACACAACAACAACAAUAACAACAACAAAAUGGACACUAGUGGGAGGACACUAGUUUGCCGGAAUGCGGCCUCCAAGGGCCUGGGCCCGGCCAGGAGCCUCGCCCCAGCAAAGAGCCCAAGGAUCCAGGGACUGCUGUGGAACUCUGAGAUGGCCAAGAGGUUUGGCUGCGCUCAGUGCGGAAAGAGCUUCCGCUGUUUCAGCCAGCUGGAGAUCCACCAGCGGAGCCACACCGGGGAGAAGCCUUUCAGGUGCACGCUAUGCGGGAAGCGUUACGCGCAGAAGGGCCACCUGUACACGCACCAACGCACCCACACCGGAGAGAAGCCGUACGGCUGUCCCAUCUGCGGCAAGGGCUUCAUCCAGAAGUGCACCCUGGACAUGCACCAGCGCACGCACACCGGGGAGAAGCCGUUUGUCUGUGGUCAUUGUGGUAAAGGGUUCACCAAGAAUUGUAAUCUCAAAAAGCACCUGGCCGUGCACGCGGACGUGGCGGACGGACGCUCGUAUAACGGGGAAUCGAUAGCCAGACAUGGUCGCCCUGUUGGAUUAGGACCAACCAACACCACCACAACCACCACCACACACAUUUCUGUCACUCAAUUUUAAUUUGUCAGCAUUACACGCUCAAUCACAUUUGACCGAAAAUAAAUUAAUUUGGUUCUACACUUUGGAUGUCUUCUUUUUGUGAUGUAUCAAAAGGACAUUGUGUGUGAAUGU